AUGUCCAAAACAAGCACCGCGGCCUCUACCUCUCAGACGGCCUGCCACAACGUCUACGACACGCCGAACCAAGACAGCGUCUGCUCCAUGUUCCGCAAAGACAACCACACCGAGAUCAUGCGGGCUUGCUGCGGUGAUGCUAAAAUCAUCAGCUAUUCCGGCGACUGCGCAAUGUACUGCGUUGCCCUUGACCAAACUGUCAGUGAGCUUUCCGAAUGUCUUUACGGCAAGGGAGCUCCUGACAAAGAUGGUGUCUGGUGCAGCGGUAACUCGAAGACUACCAAGACCAAGGACGGCAAGAUUCCCGCUACUGCUCAAGCCAGCGCCAUCUCGGACGACGACGACGAUGAUGAUAAGGACAAGGACGAUAAGAAAAGCACUAGCAGUGGUACGGCCAGCUCGUCCAAGGCAAGCGAAACUGGUAACGCUGCUGCUGGUACCAGCCCUCAGUCUGGCAUUAGCACCCUUGGUCUCACCAUUGGUGCCUUGCUCUUCUCUUCUAUGGCUAUUGGUAUUUUCGAACUUUGA